CGGCGGGGGGGAGAAGGAGAAGGAGAAGGAGGAGGAGGAGCGCGCCGAGGUCCGGCAAUGGAGGCAGGAGGAGAUCAGGGGUGGUUGUCGGUUUUCUCCUCGAUCCGGUCGCAGCAACCUCACAGCAUCGCGGCCCUCGAGUAUCCCAAUCCCGUCCGUCGGGCUCUUCCUCCCCCGAUCCCGACGAAGGAGGUUAUCGGCGACGGGAACGGAGUGACAGGUGAGGGAGUCGUGCCCGUCAGUCCCAAGGCACUGGGAACGAUCGCCGCAAUGAGAGGGAACAGGUGCCAGCUGGCCAUGCCUUCGGUCGCCACUGACGGCAGUCUUGUGGAGUAUCUAGAUGUCGAGAUCCCCGCCGCCGGCGAUGGUGUGUGUGGCAAUCUUGUGGAGUAUCUAGACGUCGAGAUUCCCUCCGCUGACCAGUCAUCAUCAUCAUCAUCAUCAUCGUCGCUCCUCAAGUCAUUUCUGUCGGCAGACAAUCCAGCAGCAGCAGCAGCAGAGGGCACGGCGCCUGCGAUCCUUCCUCUCCAUCAGCAGGAGAGAGUGCGUAGUCUGCAGAACGACCCCCCAGUUGGCCUGCUGGUUGAAGACGCGCCGGGCAAGUACGCCGCCCUUGUCAACGUGUUCCGCCUUCUGCCAAUCCACGAGAGGAUGCUGACUGUACCCUUCGUGUGUCGCGAGUGGGUGGAGGCAGCGAGGGACCCUUCCUGCUACGAGGACGUAGCCGCCAGCUCCGUCAUCGACGCCAUAGCCGAGGGAUUUGCUCCCGAGGAGGUUCCUAGCAGGAUCGGGCAGUUCUUGGAACAAGUGCUGAGGUUGGCCAAUGGAGAGAUCAAGGUGCUGCGCCUGUCUCGCUGCUCCGAUGGGGAGCUGCGCGCCGUGUCGAGGGAGUGCCCGCUGCUGAAGAACCUGUCGGUCAAAGGCAGCAGCACGCUGGUGACCAACGCUGGAAUCGUCUCCAUAGCCAGGCAUUGCGGCAACCUCACGCAGCUGGAGCUCGAAGGGUGCUUGAAGUUGACAGAUGCCGCCAUAGCCGAAAUCGCGAAGCAUUGUCACAGGGUGCAGAGAUUAGGGUUAUCUGAUUGCACUCGAUUGACAGCGGCAGCGCUGAACGCAAUAGCGCAAGGUGUGCCCGACCUCCGGCAGCUUAACGUGAGCGGCUGCGUCCGCAUACACGACGAUGGUGUGGUGGCUGUCUCUUUGGGAUGUCCUAAUUUGCUGGCGAUCGACCUCAGCGGCUGCGAGAAGAUCACGGACAUCGCGCUCGUGAGUCUAGCGGAGAAGUGUAAGAGACUCCAGGAGGUCAAGAUCAACGGCUGUUACCGAGUCACUGAUGAUGGGGCGAUCGGGCUCGUAGAGCAUUGCAAGGACGUGUCCUCUCUCCACGUGAGCGAGUGCGUGAAGCUGACCACCAGGAUGCUCGACGCCGUAGCGGAGAACCUGCAUGGACUUAGAGAUCUGGACAUCAGUUGCUUCAUGAACCUCACGGACGAAGCGCUCGUGACCGUUCUGCGGCAUUGUGGCAAACUGACCAACCUGAAUAUAAGUGGAUGCUCGCACAUCACCGAUCAGGGAUUGGCGGCGAUUGAUCGACUUUGCCCGUGGCUGGGGUUGCUGAACGUUCGCGGGUGUCGGGAGCAGCAGCAGGAGGAGGAGGAGGAGGAGGAGSAGGAGGAGGAGGAGGAGGAGGAGGAGSAGGAGGAGGAGGAGGAGGAGGAGGAGGAGGAGGAGGAAGAACAUCUUGGCAUCGUGAGGGGGGGGGAUAAACAAGAAACCAAUUGCGCUGUGUGUCGUCGAAUAGGAGGAGGAGGAGGAGGAGAAGGAGGAGGAGGAAAUGGUAGCUUGGCGUCAUGAAAGUAAAGGGGGGGAUAAUUAAACAAACCAAUAGAGCUCUGCGGAAAAGUAUGACAUAAGAGAGAGAACGAAUGGAGGAAGGACAAGGAGGGAGGGUGUGUACGUCGACUGGUGUUCUGUGGUAGAGGAGUGCAUUUGGUCUUAUCUGGUUGGGGAGUCGUCAGAUAGAGCAGUGAACGGAGGAGCAAGCAAUCGAGCGAGAGCUAGUGAGAGAAGGGAGAGGCGGAACGGAAAGGAGAGCAGGAAGAUAACAAACGGAAUGGAGAUCACAAUCCGAAGGCAACGGUGAGAGCAAACGGAAAGGAGAUCACAAUCGGAACGGAACGGUGAGCUCAAUCAAAACGGAACGGUGACAGCAAAUGGAACGGUGAGAGCGAACGGUCGAGGAGCUGGAAUGACAUCUGCUAGGCGGAGGGAUGGGUUCGGCUCGGCGGAGGCUGAUCUGUCAGUGUUAGCAAAUAGGGGAAGAAGACAUGGUGGGAGGAUAUGCAGCCUUUGUAUAUAUGUGUCAGAGUUGUGUGAUAAGAUGUUGAUUGAUCUGUGCGUUGCUGGCUGAUUGAGUCUGGUCGGGAUGCGGAGAAGUAGGCUGCGAUUCUCCUCAUCAGUGUGUCGUGUGGUUAGCUACUUGCGUCUGGUCGCGAUCGCGAUAUGCUUCAGUUGGGACGUGGACUCUGUCGCGCAUUAUUUCGUGAAACAUGGGAUAUCAAGGUUAGGUGUGGAGGACUUUGGUCGAAGGGAGGAGAUAGUUUUGUGUGAUACGCAAUAGGAUGGGUGAGGACAGGGAUGGAGAGAGAUGAUAAUUUCCCCUCGCGUGGUUGAAUGAAGGUGUGUGGGUGGGUUGUUGUUCUGGUUGUCGGCGGUCAGUCGCUGGCGUAUGCCAUCCAGAGAUUAGCUGUAAGGAGGGAAGGGAAGAAGGUAGCGCAUGUGGAGAAGGGGGAGAGGGAGGAGGUAGUGGGUACGGCGCACCGGCAGUUGUGUGAUACCAGCAGGUCAGAGGAGGAGGAGGAGGAGGAGGAGGAGGAGGGGAGUAGGGGAGGUGCAAAGUUAGCAUGCAUGACCCUGGUGAAAGGGGACUAGGUUCAGGCGGAGAGAAAAUGGCAAGCAGGGCCAGACAUUCAAAUCAUUGGUUGGGAUGAAUCAAGCCCCUGAUUCUGGCGGGAGAUUAGACAGGGGAAAGCGGAGCUGGAUGGAUUUACGUUAUGGCCAUGGUGUGCUUGCCAUUAAUAGUAAUAUUAUGGGGGCGUAAAUCUCACAGCAGCACUUGUCUGCGCGUAUCUGGUCACAAACACGACCAGAUUCAUUUGAGAAAAGCCGGUGUGUAAUGUGGGUGUGACUUCACUUCUGGCUCGUUUAGCCCAUUCGUACAGGACGGGAUAUGGGUCCGCCAGCGAGUUGUAUGCAAUGUUUCUGCAGAGGCAGGCAUGGAGACAGCAAGGGGAAAGAGGGAAAAGAGGAAGAAGAGAGACAAGAGAGAGAAGACCACUGAUCGUUGUUAUCGAUCUCUAUGAUGGGGGAAACGUGUAUGUGUCUUGGACGAUGUUGCACUGAGUCCAGUAAGUCGGGGUAGGGAAGAUGACAGUGGCGCGACGUUUCUGUGGGCGCAUGGAGACAGCACUAGGAAAGAGAGAGGAGAGAGAGAGGAGAGAGAGGAGAGAAAAGACCACCGGUGUUCCUUGUCAAUCUCUGCCAUCGGAUGCGGAAACGCGUAUGUCUCUACGACGACGACACUGAGCGCUGUAAGUUGGGCCAGCAGGGGAGAUGUUGGCGCUGGAGGGAGUUCGUAGUUGAGCCAUUGUUAUGGUCGUAUUUCAAACGGCGGAGGAGUUCCGUUCGUUCUGUCCUCCCUAUAGACCCCUCUUUGCUCCCUGUCACUUCUCAAUCAGAUUGAGAAAAUGUACAGUCGACACAACAUUAGCAACGUGUACUGGAGUGAAAGAGAAUCGAAGACUUAACUAGCUUGGUGAGUUGAUGAAAACUAGAGUUAACUGACUUGAGAGAGAAACCAACAGUUAACUAGCAAUGAAUAAAGUAGAGUUAA